ACAUUUCUUUUGCAAUAGAAAACAAAUAUCAUCACUAAUAUUAGCCGAGGAUCAAGUGUAAAAAAUUGACCCGACCUAAAAGAAACAUAAUCUAGAUUUCUUCUUAUGACUCGUAUUAUAUAUCCUAUCUAACCCAACCCAAUAAUCCGAAUUGACACCUAAGUAUGUUAAUUAAUCAAUCAAACAAUAAUUACCAAGCCUAAAUCAUUUGUUAAUUUUUUCUUUAAAAAAAUUCCAAAAAAAAAAACAAAACAAAAACAAAAAAAUAAACACAGGAAAAGAAAAAAGAAAGAACGAUAGAUCAGAUCGAAAUCAACCCCCAAAACCUCUCUUUCGACUCUCAUUCAAUUUCUCUCUCCUCCCAAAAUUCAAUUGAUCAACCCCAAAAUUCCAGUUCAAUCACCAUUUUUCUGAUCGAUUAGAUCCAGAUAUUCAAUGUCCUGCUUAGCUCUCUCUCUCCAACCCGUCAAUGGGCCCGACAUCCUCCUCCAAACCCGAGAAUGGUUUCCCCCAGCUCGAGCUCUCGUCGCCGUUUCCGCCUUCCGAAACACCCGUCUCGUCUUCUCCUCCGCUGCAGCCGCUGCCGCUUCUCUCUCCUCUAAACACCAAAACGACGACGUUUCCGGCGACCCCACCAUUGUUGGCGAUGACCCACUUGCUGCUUACAGUGGUCAGGUAAUUGUUGGGGUUGAAUCUCGAUAUCGUGUUGUUUAUCGUUUGGUGAAUUCAAUUUAUGUUCUGGGUGUUACAACUGUUGAUGAUGAUGAUGAUAAUAGUACUACUACUAAUAAUGUUUUUGAGUGUAUUAGUAUUGUUAAUCAAGCUGUUAGUGUUGUUGUUACUGCUUGUAGAGGGGUUGAUGUGACCCCAGAGAAAUUAGGGAAGAAAUAUGCUGAGAUUUAUAUGGCAUUGGAUAUUGUUUUGAGGGGUGUUAGUAAUAUUAGGUUGGCGGCGAUGUUAGCGUCGAUGCACGGUGAGAGUAUUGCUAAGAUGGUGCAUUCUGCUGUUGAUACUGAGAAUAAGGUUAGAGGGGCUGAUAAUUGGGUUGGGGUAGCGGAGAGUUUGGCCGUGGAGCAUGAGGCGGGGGUGGAGUCGUUUUCGAAUAUGAGGUUUGAGUUGCCUAGUGAGACUUUAACGGCAGGGGAUGAGGUGGGGGCGAGUAUUUCUGUUGUGGGGCAAGCGGGGUUAGGGGAGCAGGAUGGUGGGGUGAAGAUUGAGGAGGAACAGGGGGUGAAGGAUCCGUUUGCUGCUAGUGAUUCGAUUAAUAAGCCAGAGUCGUUGGUUGGGGAUUUUAAGAAGGAUAAGGAUGUGGCUUCGGAUAUGACUAAGGCAUUGGUGGGGCUGGAGGUGACUCCGUUGCCUCCUGCUGAGGCUGCUCAGCCUACCCACAUUGCUGUGGAAGGGUUUGAAGGGGAUUAUGGUGGGAUUGAGUUUGGAAAUGAGGAGGCAUCACUUCGAGAGACGUUUGAAGGGUUUAGUGAUGCAUUUGGUGGUGGGCUGGAUGCGUCAGAGUUUGUAGGCACUACUAAAGCUGCGAAGAGGGAGGGUCUUGGUGGACUUGAGUUGUUACAGACAGGGCCUGAUGGGGCUCCUGUUGCUGCCAGUGGUGCAGCUGCCACACCUCUUGAAAAUCUCUUGGUGCAGAAGUCAGAGAUGAAGGGCCCUGAGAUGUUCAUUGUUGAGGAGAUCAGUGCGGAAUUCAGGGAGUCAUUGCUUUCUAGAGUGGGAUUAAUGGGUGUGAUUUAUUUGAGAACAUUGCCUCCAAAGAUGACGGGUGAUAAAGAAACAGAGUUCUCAUUUAAGAUUGAUGGUACAACUUCUGUUAAAAGAACUGUUAUGCAGAGCUCUCGUGUUAGCAGCCUUGGCAAUGGGAUGUUUCAUGUAAGAACGGCAGCCUCUGAAGAGCCUUUACCUGUUCUGAAGUACAGUUUGAUGCCCCAGAUGACCCCCAUUCCUUUGCGUGUUAGGCUCGUGAAACGCCAUGUUGGGACCUUACUCUCUGUCAUGAUUCAAUACAUUUCGAACCCUGAUUUGCUGGCACCACUCACAGAUGUUACAUUUAUUCUCAAACUGCCAGUUGAUCCUACACUACUGAACGUCUCUCCUAAGGCUGUCUUGAAUAGGAAUGAGAGGGAGUUGAAAUGGCAUAUACAAGAGAUCCCAUUAAAGGGUGCUCCUGGGAAGCUUAGGGCGCGGAUGCCUGUUGAUAUAAAUGAAGAGGAUACUGAAGAAGAAAUUGACGUUGUAUGUCAUGUAAAGUUUUCGGUCAAAGGGGCUAAAACGCUCUCUGGUGUUUCACUUUGGCCUGCUUCUGAAGCUACAACAGACUUUUACGUGGUAGAUCACAAAGUUGAAAGCGGGACUUACAUCUGCAAUUGACCAUUUUGACCUGGUACCAUUCUCACUGCCUGUAGAUUGUAUCUUCUCGAUUCUUUUUAUGAAUGGUUAUUCUUGUAUAAGGUUUUGUAUCAUUUGCCUGAAGUAGUGAGCAUGUAGCUUUUGAUUUGGUAUAUUUUAUCUGGUGUGGAAGGCAUGUCUGUUCUUGCGGCUGCGAUCUUUUCUUGUUAUAAUUCUUUUUUGCCUUCGAUUUAUUUCUUUUGUUAUUGAUGGCACUUAUCAUAGAAUUCAUUGGCGAGUGAAAUUGUACAUUAUAUUUACCAAACA